AUGGGAUACGUCAGUUCUCAAAAGGGUUACAAAGUGUACAACCCUAACACGGGGAAGCUGGAAGUCUCUAGAAAUGUGCGAUUUGAUGAAUAUUCACCUUAUUUCCAUAAAGGGUUGGAGACUAAUGCUAAUCCUGCUCAUAUCAGCCCUGAUAAUUCUCAACUCACUGAGAGUAUAACUGAUGCAGUGCCAAGCUAUUCUGAACCAUCAGAAGCUCAACCAAAUCAGCAAGCUAUAAGUGCACCAAGAAGAAAUCCUACACGAGAUAGACAUCCACCAGUGAGGUUACAAGAGUAUGUUAUUUACACUGCAAGGCAUCCUAUCUCUGCAGCCAUUUCUUAUCACAUAUUCUUAUCUUCUCAUACUUCUUUCCUUAACAAAGUGUCCCACACUUUCGAACCAAGGAAUUUUCAUGAAGCCACAUCCAUGCCUGAGUGGCAAGAUGCUAUGACUAAAGAGCUUCAAGCUCUGAAUGACAACCAGACAUGGAGUGUGGUGGAGCUUCUAAAUGGCAAGAAGGUCAUGGGAAGUGACAAUAUAAGUGAAAUCAAGACGGUUAAACAGUCACUUCACCAAAAAUUUUCCAUUAAAGACUUGGGGCCCUUGAAAUACUUUCUUGGAAUUGAGUUAGUUACCUCUUCAAAGGCAUUAUUCUUGAAUAAAAGAAAGUAUGUUCUCGAUCUUCUAGAUAAAGAUAACAUGAUGGAAUGUAAACCAGCUCGGACACCCCUAGCUAGCAAACUUCAGUGGCAUGAAAAAGGUGAACCUCUCUCGGACCCUCGUGUUUAUCAGCGAAUGGUUGGGAAACUUGUUUAUCUCACCAUUAUUAGGCCUGAUAUCUCAUAUUCAGUUAGCCUAGCCAGUCAGUUCAUGCACUCUCGUACUUUAGUUCACUGGGAAAUCGUCAAGAGAAUACUUCGAUAUCUCAAGGGCUCAGUAGGAAUGGGGAUAAUUAUGAAGAACAAUGGAUCAAAUCACAUUUUGGCCUACACAGAUGUUGACUGGGCUGGAAAUGCCUUUGAUUGA